AAAAAAUUAGGGUUUCAGAAAACAAAAUCAAAUAGGGUUAAAACAGUAGACCAAAAUUCCCCUAAUUUCCAACCCGAUUCUUCCGCGAAAUGCAAUGGCAGAUCCAAUUCGGGUCGAGUCGGGUCGCCGGGUACCGUAAAUGUGCAUUCGCCCACUUCCAUUUUGCCGAAAGCAUAUCACAAUUAGCCCCAUUUCCUGCUUCGGAUCGGGUUUUUUCACGGCGGUAGUCCUCCGACGUAUCCGAACGACGUCGCUUAGUUGUUCGAUCAAACCCUUUUCCGAGAUUGCCUUCCUUUCUCUCUUUGCAUCUUCCCAUUCUAUUUCGCUACAUUUUCUGGACCUGGGUCUAAUAUAUUUGCUUGCAUCUGCUGAAGAUGAAUAUGCAGCAAACUCUACCACCACCCAGGUCCUCUUCUAAUGGAUAUGGUCAUCAUAAAGUCAAAGGAGGUACUGCAACAAGCUUUUUUAAUAAAACACAUGAAUCCAAUUCUUGCGAUAGACUUAUAUAUUUAACAACAUGCCUCAUCGGACAUCAAGUGGAAGUACAGGUGCACGAUGGAUCUGUAUAUUCGGGAAUCUUUCAUGCUAUCAACGAGGGGGAUUAUGGCGUUAUUCUGAAAAUGGCAUACUCAGUUAGGAAUGGUUCUCAAGGGCAGAAAAAUAUCUCAGAUUCUUCUAAGACGCCUUCUAAGACUUUGAUCAUACCUGCUACGGAUCUUGUGCAAGUCAUAGCUAAGGACGUACAUGUGAUUAGGGAUGGGUUCUUGAAUGAGCUCCAGCGCGAAAAGCAUCAUGAGCUUAUGAUAGAUUCCUGCAUAUCACAAUCACAGCAUUCAGAUGCGGGGAGAGAAUUGGAGCGAUGGGUUCCGGAUGAAGAUGAUCCUGGGUGUCCAGAACUGGAGAAUAUAUUUGAUGGCCCUUGGAACAGAGGCUGGGAUCAGUUUGAGGUUAAUAAAACUUUAUUUGGAGUCAAGAGCACCUUUGAUGAGGAGCUUUACACAACAAAACUUGAUAGAGGCCCCCAGACGAGAGAAUUGGAAAGAGAAGCUUUAAAGAUAGCUAGAGAGAUUGAGGGCGAGCAAACUCUUGAUCUUCAUCUUGCAGAGGAAAGAGGUAUUCAAAUCGAUGGAAACAUUGAGAUGGAUGAAGAAACUCGCUUUUCAUCAGUCUACCGAGGGACUGAUGGCAGCACCUACGAAGAGAUUGUGGAGACGGUGUUGGAUUUGCAAAAUGAUGAAACAUUUGGAGAUGUCUCCGUUUCGUAUACUGGCAGAACUCGCACAGACAUUAAUAGGGGGAAAAGCAGUGGGACUCAAGUGUCACUGAAAUCCUUACUAACGGGAGCAAGGCUAUCUUCACUUGCUGCUAUUAGCAGGGAUGCACAUCAUCCAGUGUUGGUCGGUUAUGCCAAGCAUACUGCAAACAGAUACUCUCAGGAGGACGAAGAAAUGCAAGAACUACAUUUACAGAAUCAAGCAUCUAAAGCUGAGGAUUCAAACUCAUUGAAUAAAGAAGGCUGUGCUAAGGUAGGAUUAUCUGCAAAUGCUACUGCAUUUGAUCCAUCACGUUUUUCAUCCAAAGGUCCGGAUAAGGGAAGCUUCUUCAAUGAGUUACCAGAGGGUACCUCAUGUCCUGUAGCACAAGGGAUUGCAGCCUCUCUUGCUCGGACUAGUAGUUCCGCAUCAUCUACUUCUGAUCAUGGAGGAGGUACUUCAACUUCCGUUGUCCGUGGACUGUCUCCUAGUUCAUCUGUUGCUUCGUUGUCUUCAGAGAAGUCAACACUUAACCCACAUGCCAAGGAGUUUAAAAUGAAUGCCAAUGCUAAGAGCUUUGUCCCAUUUCAGUCGCCUAGGCCGUCUUCUCCCGUUGCAGAGAAUUCCUUUUACUAUCCACCUUUGCAUGGCUUUUCAUCUGGUGUUGGGGCUGGACCUUCCUUUGCUGCACAACAGCCAGUUAUGUAUAAUCCACCGGCUGCACCAAUAACGCAACAAUAUUACAAUCCAAAUGGACCUCAGUAUGGCCAGCAGAUGACAGUAGGACAACACCAGCCUAUUUACUACAUGCCCACAUAUCCUCAUUAAAUGACUAAAUGCACAAUACAAGUGAAGGAACAGUUUUGCUAGAUGCUGGAAAACACCUUAUCUACAUCUGUUUUGGGAGUUGAAAUUUCUCACCCAAGGCUGGUUGGGGUUUUUCGGUGCGAGUCCAGCAGCAGCUGAUGAUACAUUACAUGGUUCUCGAGCCCGGUCUUGAGACGACGAGGCCAUCUGAGACAUUAGGGGAUUUUUUCGUGUGCUGGUUUUAACAAAUCUCUUUUCACAUUCUUUGUUUGGGUUUGAUAUGAAUUCAUGAAAUAAUUAUUAUUCUGUCGUGGUUAGAUA